GCCUAUGCCCGUAUAGAAGGAGAUAUGAUAGUUUGUGCAGCCUAUGCUCAUGAACUCCCCAAGUAUGGCGUGAAAGUUGGUCUGACAAAUUAUGCUGCAGCAUAUUGUACUGGCCUGCUGCUGGCCCGCAGGGUAUGUACCACAUCACUUGAUCUAUUUUGGGAUUAUUUGGAUGCUGGACUUGCCAGAACUACUACAGGGAAUAAAGUUUUUGGGGCCCUGAAGGGAGCUGUGGAUGGAGGCUUGUCUAUUCCUCACAGUACCAAACGAUUCCCUGGUUAUGAUUCAGAAAGCAAGGAAUUCCAUGCUGAAGUGCAUCGGAAGCAUAUCAUGGGCCAAAACGUUGCAGAUUACAUGCGUUACUUAAUGGAAGAAGAUGAAGAUGCUUACAAGAAA